UGCUCGUUUUGCUAUCCUUGCGGGGGUUUAACCUUAAAUGCUACAGAGCUGACAUGUCCUCAGGGAGACGAGAGCGAGAGAGCGAGAGAGAGAGACCAAUCGGGACUGGUUGUUGAGGGCGUGGAAACUGGGAAGGGUGGGCGAAAUAGUUUCAGAUGUGAAACAACAUCAUCUGAUCGGAUUGAUUCAAAUUCAUCACAUGAUUUAUACCAGUUUUAGGGGAGCAGGCGGUGCUGGAGGGCCCGACCGAUUGUCUGUCCUGGUUGAUGGGGUCAAAUUUCCAAUCCCAAGUGGUGGAUGGGUGGGGGACGACAACGACCCUGAUGAACCACAAGUGUCUCUCAUCACGCCUUAGCAGGCAAAUCGGACUUGGCAGCCCACGCUACGUGAGUGACUGAGAGAGUGAGUCACACUUGGUUAGAAAGAAACGAAUUUGGGUGGUAGCCUUAUAAAUGGGUGAGCAGUGAGAUUUGAGGCGAGAUAGGCCAGCAAACCAACCAGCCCUUUUGUACCGGAUUCUCUCGAUGGGUACAUCAGCCUCUAAUAUUCUCACGCAUCCAGCGACUGUCCCCUCGGGUGCUCCUUUUACUUGCCGAGGAGGGCGUACGUGUGCCCGACAAUCGUUGACGCAUCGGCCAAAGCUUCCAACUUUUGUCCCCCCUUUUAAUCUUUUGUUGAAUUUAAAGCCCGUGUUUGUAACCGGUGCGGUAUCGCGCCUGCUAGGGUUUCAAUCCAGGGUUUCCUGCGGGCUCGAGGGUGGAGGGAUUGUUGGAUGGUGUCAGGGGCGCCAUGGUGCAUGCAUUGAGAAUCUGUCGCAGCGAAUUUUGUUGGACUUCAUUUUGAGUUGCGGGUUGGGUGUGAGGAGAGUGUGGGAUUCUGCUGGUUGAGGAUUUUGAUUUUCGCCAACUCUGGGAUAUGCUCAGGUUCCUCUCUGGGACCUGUACGGCAGAAUGAGACGCUUUCAGUUCGUAGAAGCGAGUAACGCGUCAAUGGUGGUGUUGGUGUUUCCCUUAAGAGACGAUAGUUUAGGUUGCAUUGUCCGUUCCCUUCAAGCGAAGUCGUCGAGAGCCUUGCUUGCUGGGUAUGACAAAUAAAAAUUGCCGAGAAUUGUUUACUCAGUCUCCGUUGCGAUUUGGGGCUUUUACCAUAGUUCGAGCAUCAAUGCCUAACUGCCCAACCCAACCGUGGGCUGUAUUUCAUUAUAUUACGUUGCUAUUUUUUGUUUACGAGGGCCGGGUUAGUGGGAACAGCAUGCUCUUAUUUCUGAAGCAGAAAGCCUCUUGGGGCUGAAUAUCUUGGGCUGUUGGGGUUAAGGUUCGCUGCAUUCAGUUCUGUCGAAAAUACUUGUGGAGUGAUCAGGAUUUUUUGUCAGUUUCCGUUUAGUCCAUAGAAAUUCGAAGUUGUGCAAGAUGCUGCGCAAUUCCACUGCCGGGUUACCCAGGGUCACGAAGAGCUCUCGUACAAUCCGCACUUUACUUGCUGUGAUUUGCGGCAAACAUGUCACGCAAAGUAACCUUUCAGAGCAGGGUGUGGAGAUCAAUAACAAGGAGAGGGGAAGUCAACGUCUUGAAAGAAAUGAUGGCGGGAUUGUACCAAUCGAUUACGAAGACUUGAAGAAGACUGGAUAUCUGGAGGUUCACAUCUUAGAGAGUCCCUCGAGCGAGGAACUUGGGCGGAAACUUGAGAAACUACGGCCUGAUAUUCUUAUGCUUCACGGAGAGCUAGGCUUUGAAAAAGAUGUAAUUGGUGAUCUCGUCUCAAGAGAUGACAAAGUGAUUUCUUCAGAAUUUCUCAGUCCAUACAUAAGUGCAAAGAUCCCAGAGCUGGUGUACCUAGAGACUUCUGGCAUGAGAUUGGCUGAAUUGCUGCGUUCUCAGCGUGUACCGCACGUCAUAUGUUGGAAAGGGUCACCGACAUUUUCUCUAGCAACCCACUUCCGCCGAGCUCUACUGGCGACCUUAAGAAGUUGUGCGACAGGAGCUAAGGAUGCAUUUCAAAUAGCUUCGGCUUCAUUCCAAAUGCAUUGUGGGCAGACAAAAUCUGCCAGUGUCAAUGGACUUGAGAAAACAAUUAGUGUGAUACCCGUGCUACUAGAAGUUCCUUUGUCGAAAGUCUCAGAGGACCGAAUGUCCGACUCUUCAGGCGAGGAAAAUGGCAACGAGCCAAUCAGCUCUGAUACGGCACCCGUCCAGAUUUAUGACGAGAACCACAGUAUUCGACUUCUUGUCUGUUGUGAAGCUAGCAGACCUAGUUCCGCUUGGAUUGGAGCCAUCGAAGAUGGUCUAAGUGCACUCUUAACUAUAGAAGCUAAAGGAGCCAGACUCUUGCAUCGUGUCAGUGCUCCACCACCACCUAUCGCUGCAACAUCGUUACUUCGUGGAGUUGUAACCAUGCGGUGUGAUGUUUGCACUUCCACCUUCGCACGGGUUCCGCUUCUGGUUUCUGGAGCUGCUCAAACUUGUUUUGAUGACCAGGUACUGGAAAACAGCGUCAAGAAAGAGAUGCUGGACAAAUGUGAACAUAUCCAGGUGGUUGUUGAGGAUGAGUCACGAAGACCAGCUUUGAAUCUUAAUUUGAGGAGAUCUGUAUCUGUGGCAUGUGGUGCUUCUAUUGUUGAGCUUAGGAUCAAGGCUCCUACUUGGGUCGGCCAGGUAUUACGACAAUUGGCAGCUGAAUCAUCAUAUCGUGGUCUUGUCGCUAUGGGAAUAGCUGGUGUAGAGGGAGCCCCCGUAGCUGCAUUUCAAGAAGAAGAUGCUGCUCGUUUAGUUUCUUUAAAGUGCACUUGGAAUGAUGCUUCAGACAAUGACAGGUUGAGUAAUCACUUGGCACUACCUCCAUGGUUAGCCCCUCCUGCUGCAAGUCGCAAGAGGCUGAAAUUACUCCCGUCUGUGAAGUCGAGUGAUAAUUUUGCAGAGGAAGACAGAAAAGCAUCAAAAGCAAGUAAUGGUGGGGCUUCUUCUAGCAAGCAAGGGAAUAUCGCGUUACUGGCUGCAAUGAAACCAUUACCACACACGGGAAGAAGGAAAUUUAUGCCUUUUGCAAAUGCUGUAAUGGCCGCUCAGCAUGCUGGAUGGUCCAUGAAACUGGACGUUUCGAGUAGGGUGGAUCGAAGAAGGCAAAGAAGGCCCGAGUCUGCAAGACCAAGAUCUGCGUACUUCAUGCCCGGAUCUGCUGGGCAUAAUGCAGGAGGCGCAGCUCCAUUUUUACCUCCGCUUAACGUCAAGUCGCAUGGUUGUAAACGACCUCAUAUGGAACGAUGUACAGAGGAGGAGUUUCUGGCAGACCUUGUGAGUUUUCUGGAAUCAAGAGGUCAUGGUCGUCUUAUUCCACCAGCCGGAGUGGAUGCCUUCCCUGAGGUGGUCUUGAAUGGGAAACGACUCGACCUCUACAACCUGUACAGAGAGGUAGUUUCAAGAGGAGGUUUUCAUGUUGGAAAUGGCAUCAACUGGAAGGGGCAGAUUUUUGCUAAGAUGCGCAAUCAUACAUCAGUGAACAAAAUGACGGGUGUUGGCAACACACUAAAAAAGCAUUAUGAAGUAUACCUCUUGGAAUACGAACUGGCCCACGAUGACGUCGGUGGCGACUGCUGCAUUAUUUGCCACAGUGGGGCUGAAGGUGACUGGGUCAACUGUGGAAGUUGCAGUGAGUGGGCCCAUUUCGGGUGCGAUCAACGAACUGGACUAGGAGCGUUCAAGGACUAUGCAAAGACGGACGGUCUGGAAUAUAUUUGUCCUCGUUGCAGUGCUGGUAAUGGGAAACCCAACCCUCGGCGAGCCAAGCGGAAGUGCUCACCAGAGACUUCUAACUCGCCACCCACUGAUCCUGUACGGAAGUUGCACAAGGGAAGCUGACAAACCACGUUAUAGCGCUUUGGCGACCAUCUCUCAUUUUUUUUUGUUCCCAAGACCCAUUCAAGUGUGACUGAGAAUUGACGAAAGCCUGCAGCGAGCUCUAAACCUGGACCACUUUUACAGCCCACGGAGCAUCAUGUGGCCAGACUCUGCUGCAUCUCAACAGAUACUUUCCUCAAGUUUUGAGUUAUCAGGGUCCAUGUCAUAACUGGCCCUGCUACGGAAAGGCUCUCCGGGACCUUACUACGGCUAUGUUUUUAGAUACUACAAAGUUGACAAGGUUUUCUGAUCCAUUUUUGCCAAAAUACCUGUAUGAUAAUUGAAAUGGUUUUGGGCACCCUU